AUGUUUUUAAAUAGAAUCCCCAAAUCACUCUCGAGAAGAUCAUAUUCUCUUACGACAAAUGCAAUAAAGCAAAAUACAUCGAAAUCAAAAUCAUAUUCCAAAUGGUUAACCACAGGUGCCAUACUUACAGGUAUCAGCACCUCGACUUUACUCUACACAGACUCCUUAACUGCAGAGGCAAUGACCGCUGCAGAACAUGGUCUUCAUCCUCCUGCCUUUGCUUGGUCACAUAAUGGACCCUUGGAAACAUUCGAUCAUGCAUCCAUUAGAAGGGGUUAUCAAGUCUACAGAGAAGUUUGUGCAGCCUGUCAUUCAUUAGACAGAGUCGCAUGGAGAACCAUGGUAGGAGUCUCUCAUUCCGAGGAUGAAGUGAAAGCUAUGGCUGAAGAAUUCGAAUACGAUGAUGAGCCUGAUGAACAAGGUAAUCCUAAGAAAAGAAUUGGGAAAUUGGCUGAUUAUAUCCCAGGUCCAUACCCUAAUGAACAAGCUGCUCGUGCUGCUAAUCAAGGUGCUUUACCUCCAGAUUUAUCUUUGAUCGUGAAAGCGAGACAUGGUGCUGCUGAUUAUAUCUUUUCAUUGUUAACUGGUUAUCCAGAUGAUCCUCCAAGUGGUGUCGUUUUGCCUCCAGGUUCUAAUUAUAAUCCUUAUUUCCCAGGUGGAUCAAUCGCUAUGGCUAGAGUCCUAUUUGAUGAUUUGGUAGAAUAUGAGGAUGGGACACCUGCAACGACUUCUCAAAUGGCUAAAGAUGUUACAACGUUUUUGAAUUGGGCUGCUGAACCAGAACAUGAUGAAAGGAAAAGAUUAGGUUUGAAGGCAAUGUUGAUAUUGUCAACCUUGUAUUUAUUAUCCGUUUGGGUUAAGAAAUUCAAAUGGGCUGGUAUUAAGAAUAGAAAAUUUGUAUUUAAUCCUCCAAAGACAUCUGCUUCAUCAUCUACUCAUCCAUCAACUUUGACCAAACCUUCUAAGUUCACUCAACCACCAAAGAAAGAUUAA